AUGGCUUCCGCCGACGCCUGGCGCGCCGCCGUGGGCUUUUCGGAUCGCCUGGCAACCAUCGUCAACAUAACAUCAUGCUACAAGCGUGCGCACCCAGACGCCACUCCGGCCGACGCCAGCAAAGAAGCUCGAGCCCUGGAGGAUGCCGCCUUCACGCAGGCGACGACAUACGUUGACUACGAGCUGCGCUGCGAAGCCGUUGUGCAAGAGCUGUCGUCAAAGUCGCCGGCAGCAGUAGGAGAAGCCGAGACAGCAGAGCAUGACGACGGCAUUCCUGAGAACACGGGCUUUCACAUAGGCAAAUACAAGAAUGUGGCCCAUCACGACAACGGCCUGUUCUCCGAGGUCUACAAAGCCAAGCGUCUCGACGGUGGUGGCGACCCUCGAGCGAGCAAGCUCGUGGCGCUCAAGGUCACCGUGCCGUCAAUGAUGAGCCCGCCGCACGACUCUCAGAAGGAGGCGCGGCUGUUGGAAAUGGCGAGGUCGGAGCAGAAUUGCAUCGUGCCCUUGCUGGAGACGUUCUGGCAAGCCGGCGGCCGCUUCAUCUUGGUCUUGGAGUUUAUGCGCUGCGAUUUGCAGCAACUUCUGAGCAGAAAGGAGCUCACCCGCCCCCAGGCCACGACUUGUCUGCGCGACCUCUUCAAGGCGCUGCAGCACCUCCACUCGCUCGGAAUUAUCCACCGCGAUGUGAAACCUUCCAACCUCCUCCUCAGAUCACCAGCAGGCCCGGCUUUCCUCGCAGAUUUCGGCAUUGCGUGGAAGGACGGCGUCCGUGGCUCAGAGCCGGCAAACCAGAAGAUCACGGACGUCGGGACGACGCAUUAUAGGCCCCCUGAGCUUCUGUUCGGCAAUACGGCCUACGGGCCAGCACUCGACAUGUGGGCCGCAGGAUGCGUGGUUGCGGAAGUGGCGUGCCUCGGAGGAGGGCGAACCCUCUUCGAUUCUGGUGAACUCGGAAGCGACCUUGCCCUCGUCAACAGCCACUUCCAGAGCCUGGGGACGCCGAAUGACGACAUCUGGCCGGAGGCCAAGGGGUUUCGGGAUUGGGGCAAGGUGCAGUUCUACGAAUACCCGCCCAAGUCGUGGGUCGAGCUGUUGCCCGACUGCGAAGACAGCGCCAGAGACCUCGUGAGCCGAUUGGUCGUGUACGAGAGCUCGCGGCGACUGACAGCAUCCGAGGCUCUGCGCCACGACUUCUUCAGGAACGGGGCCUGA